CAAACCGCCUGUUGUCUUUUUCAAAACUUUUUGCCACAACGUAAAUUCAUACGCUUUCAUUGAAGUGAGAGUAUCAUCAUCAUAUCCAUUAAAUUGGCCAUAAAAAAGCGAAUUUUAAAAUCCCAAUCGAUCGCGCCUCUUUUACUUGGUUGAUUGGAAUAUUUAGGCUUUUUUGCAACAACAACAACAAUAAGAAUACCAAGUUGUGUGUCAAUUUUUGAUAAGAAAGAAACAUUAACAUCAUGAAUAGAAGUAGUGUGGGACAGCAGAGAGCAGCAACCAUCAUGAUACCCAACUCAUCACUGGUGAAACAUUACAGUGUCUCACAGACAUGUUUCAAGUCAGGAGUCAUGACGAAACAGGGAGCAAAGGUGAAGAAUUACAAAUCGAGAUACUUCUUCUUGUACUCUAAUAAGAUUACCUAUCACAAGAUGAAUAAGAAGAAGGAGCCAAAUAAGACUCCACAGGGUGAAAUUUCACUCAAGGGAGUUCAAUCUCUGAAUAUUUAUGAAAUGAAAACUAUUGAACCAAAGGCACAAAAGGAAGGUUUACAGUUUGGGUUUAUUGUGGAGGAUCAGGAACGUUCGAGAAAUUACUUCCUCUUCACAGAAACUAAAGAGGAAACAUUGGAGUGGAUUGAAGCAAUUAGACAAGUUGUAACAUUGAGUAAUGAUGCUUUGCAAUUGACCAACAAUUCAGCAAUUACUAAUACCAGUCCAAUUAUUGUUGAUGAUCAAACAGCAACACCUGUAUUAACAAAGCAACCAUCCUUUGAAAUAAGCAAGGGUGAUGCUCACUUGCUUCACAAAUCGAUAGAUAUCAAACGAUUGUCCAAUCUUGCUGCUCUUGGCACCUCUCCAACAACUCCAAGAGGUGGUCUCAAUUCACCAAGAGGAGUUACAAGCUCACCUGUAUAUAUUUCUUCCUCUAACUCAACUUCCUCAUUUUCAACUGCCAACACAACUGUACUAUUACAAAAGAAUUCACAUGAAUCAGAGUUAACUGAUAUCUCUUCCUCAUCAAAUUCUACAUCCUUCCUCGAAAUGGAAUUACCACCUGAAAGCUUUGUUCAAACUGAAGAAGGCAUGUCACCUUUACUGUAUGAUAGUGGAAAUUCUGUGAGAAAUAGCUCCAUGAAUCAAACUCAAUCCUACCCUUCAAUUCCUGUCCAGGUAAUGUCAGAUGAAGAUGAAUAUAAUAUUGCUCUUAACUCUGCAGCCAUUUUCCUCAAGGAUGAAAAGCAGAGAACUCCUCAAGAACAGGCCUAUGUCAUUGCAAUGCAUCACUUUAGAAGACAAAUGCAAGAUCACAUUAGACGAUAUUCCUGCAAACCUGUUUAUAAUUUGGCUGUCGGUACUGUCAUUUUUUGCAUUCCAGAAGAAGAAAGAACAGCAGAUGAGGAGGAAUUUUAUCAAGAUUUAAUGGAACAAUUCAGAGGAAAUGUGGAAAUGUACAAACAAGCCACCAGUAUCUAUGUAGAUAACAAUGCUGGUUUAUAGAAAAUCUUACUUUUGCCAUGGAUCAACAUUUGUCAGAUAUGUCUCACCAAUUAUCUCAUCAUUCACAGGAUAUUCCUUUACAUGUUCAGGUAGAAAUUGUAAAAGCAUUCAAAUUUAUUAGCAAAAAAAGCCCAUCUGAAAGAACUGAAGAGGAAGAACUAUUCCUUUCUCGGUUAGCUGAAACACAUGGUAUUCUCAAACGCUUAUAUUACAGACAUGGUCUAGUUCCAAAUCAAAUUACUUUGAUUGCUUCCAUCCUCUUGGAUAAUGAAUGUGAACUAUUCGACAAUUAUUACCUCCUAGAACAGAAGAAAUUGAAUUCUGAAGAGGAAAAUUCAUCUCUUCCAAUUCAAUAUUUUUCCAACAGUGUAGAUUACAAAUAUUACGAACUGAAACAAGGUAAACCAAUUCUAGAUAAACAAUAAAUUUGUUUACCUUUUUUC